GGCAGAGGGUAGGGGGAGGCUUAGAGUCUGAAGCUGAAGGUCAGAGAAGGAGAGAGCCGACUCUCAGAAAGUGUGAAGACAGGAAGAGAUUGAGAAGCCUAGGCAAAACCUAGGACACUUGCAAAGGACGGGAAAACCAGUAAGAAAGUGCGUGACAGGCCAGGCUCGGUGGCUGACGCCUGUAAUCCCAGCACUUUGGGAGGCCAAGGUGGCUGAUGUCCUGCGAUGGCCGCAGAGGCCCUCCUGCCGUGCCCGCGCCCGUGCCCGAUGUCCCAGUUGGACUUCCUCAAGGCGUCGCACUUCUCGCUGGGGCCCGACCUGCGGCUUCACGAGGGUACCAUGCUCACCACGACGCACCGAGACUUCGCCUACCCGGCUGCCACCCGGGAGCCACCGAGCCUGCAGCCGCCGCCCGCGCUGCUCUUCCAGUUGGACCCGCGCUGGGACCGGGAAGAGCGCGUGUCGGAGGCGCGCCGCGCGUUCCCGCCUCCGUCCACGCCGCCGUGGGAGCUGCUGCGGGCGCAGGCGCGGGAACGCACGCUCGCCAUGAAGGCCAGCAACCUGCACCUGCGCGAGGACGCGCACGCCGGGAUCGGCCUCUCCAGCGCGCGCGCCGCCUACGACUGGCCUGAGCUGCCGGCUCGCGCUGGACAGCAGAUCCGCGGCGCGCGCCUCAUCUUCAACCGCGACUCCCUGCCGACCGGAGACCGCGACAAGCUGCGCAUGCCGCUCACCACGCACCAGGAGCUCUUUCCACCCCAGGACGCGCGCCCGCAGCCCCGAGCGCCCAGUUGCCACCUCGGGGGCCCCAACACCCUCAAGUGGGACUACAAGAGACAAGAUGGGACUUCCUACCAGAGACAGUUCCAGGCCCUGCCAGGCCGACCUGCCUUGAUGUGUAAGAGGGCCUCCUCCAGAGUGGAGCUGGGAGACUGCAAGAUUGGCUAUAGAUCAACGUGUUCAGAGCAGAAACAGGCCUACAGACCCCAGGGUCUGCCUGAAGAAAGGUAUGACAAGACCCAGGCCGCAGCCCACAUCCACUAUGUAAAUAUCCGUCCUGGAGACAGCCUCUUCCACGACAGGACCACCAAGACCGAGCACUUCUAUGCCCGGGAGCCAGAGCCUUUUGUUCUUCACCACGAUCAGACUCCGGAGUCGCACAUCCUGAAAGGAAAUUGGUGCCCCGGCCCUGGCAGUCUGGACACCUUCAUGCAGUACUUCUACGGCCAGCCGCCACCCCCGACCCAGCCACCCAGCCGCCACGUGCCUCACGAGAAAUUGCAGAGUCACGUGACCCUAGCGGAGCCAAAGCUGCUCAGACACUUCUUCAAGACCACCAUGGGCUCGGACUACUGCCCCUCAGAGUGGAGGCAGGUGAAGAAAGCAUCCAACCUCCACUUGCAGCGGAGCAACCUGCCUCAGGGCACUGGCGAAUUCGAUUUUUUAACCAUGAACCAGAAGAUGCUGAAGCCACACAGAACAGCUCCGGCCCCGGUGACUGAAGAGAUGCUACAGAGGGUGAGGGAGGAGGAAGAGAGCCACCCUUCAUUAUGUAACCCCCACAUGGGUAUAGAGUUAUCUCAGGAUGACUAUGCUGUCACCCAGCCUGAGUUAGUGAUCACCCAGGUUCGGGGGCAUCUUAAUAUUCCUUCAGCCUCAAGAUCAUCCCUAGCUUGGCCGAGUGCGGUGGUUCACAUCUGUAAUCCCAGCACUUUAGGAGGCCGAGGCGGGCGGAUCACCUGAGGUCAGGAGUUCGAGACCAGCCUGGUCAACAUGGCGAAACCCCGUCUCUACUAAAAAUACAAAAAUUAGCCGGGUGUGGUGGCGGUCACCUGUAAUUCCAGCUACCCGGGAUGCUGAGGUAGAGCUGCUUGGACCGGGAAGGUGGAGGUUGCAGUGAGCCGAGAUCGUGCCAUUGCACUCCAGCCUGGGCAACAGAGCAAGACUCUGCCUUAAAAAAAAAAAAAAGAGAGAGAGAGACAUCAUCCCUACCUCACCCCCCAGGGUCAUGUCAA